CUUUGCGCUCCUCUCUUCCUCUCUCUCAGUUUGCUGCUUUUUCUCCCAGUUUCCUCCUCCUCUGCUUUUCCACUUGUUUGGACGAGCAGGACUUUCUAACAGACAUCUGUGUUUAAGGAGACAAACAAUGACCUGACCACAGGGAAACGGGACAGCAGCCUAAGAAAGGAUUCAAGGACUCAAGAAUAGAGGGACAGACACUAAAGGGGCAAGCCAGGCAUUUGUUACUGCCAGAAGUGAAAAACUGGAGCACAACAACAAAAAUGACCACAACCUGUGUGUGGGCCCUGCUCCUCCUCUGGGCCUGUCCAGUCGACCCCUACCAGAUCCCCUACAAUGAGAGAAAAGACCCAGAUCCCAGCUGGGGCCAAAUGGACCCGAAGGACUACCAUCAAGAUGCCAGACAGGGGAAGGUGAGGGAGUGUCAAAGAUGCUGUGACCCAGAAGAGGAGACUCCCCAUCACUUCUCCAGCCAUCACUACCCACAGUAUCAGGUAGUCCCGCAGAUCAACAUCACUCUGCUCAAAGGUGAAAAAGGUGAUACUGGUGAACGAGGACCUCAUGGUAAAUUAGGGAAAACUGGCCAGAUGGGUCCUCCUGGUUCAAGUGGCAUAAAGGGCAGCAAAGGCAGCAUGGGCCUCCCAGGUGAGCCCUGCAAGUCCUACUUUGCUGCCUUCUCUGUCGCUCGUAAGAAGGGUCUGCACUCCAAUGACUACUACCAGACACUGAUAUUUGACACAGUGCUGGUCAACCUCUAUGGUCACUUCAACAUGUUUACUGGUAAGUUUUACUGCUACGUGCCUGGGGUCUACUACUUCAGCCUGAACGUGCAUACAUGGAACCUGAAGGAGACAUACCUACACAUCAUGCACAAUGAGCGGGAGGUGGUGAUCCUUUACACUCAGCCCAGCGACCGCUCCAUCAUGCAGAGUCAAAGCCUGAUGCUGGAACUUGAGAAAGAUGACCAGGUCUGGGUCAGACUCUUUAAAGGUGAGAGGGAGAAUGCCAUCUUCAGUGACGAAUUUGACACUUACAUCACCUUUAAUGGACACCUGAUUAAGCCCAAAAAUGAGCUGUAGGUAGUGUGAAUUGGCAUCUAAAAUGGUUUUAUAGAUGGACAAAAAUGAUCCCUCAAUGUACUAUUAAUGUUGUUAUGGAACAUCAUGUCAUCUAGUCAGUGAUUAAGUACAGAAAGAAUGUCGCUGUGGAGAGGACACCCCUCACCUCCUUCUUCUAAGUUCCACCAGGAGAUAAACAGCAGGCUUUGAAUGGACUUGCAAAUGGACUCUCUGGAUCUGCAAAAGGGCAUCCCCACCAUUCACAAUAAAAACACCAGAAUUAACACCAGACAUAGAACCACCUUUAUCCAACCCAAAGAGGCCAAUGUUUUCGUCAGGAUAAUAAAAUUAAUGGUGGCAUGUGAACCACGUUGAAACCUUUACUGGGUCACUCUGACUGUAAAUCUCUGGCAAGGACCAGAUAAGGAAAUCAAGCUCAUGGAACAGAGAAAAGGCUUCAUCCAACAAACUGGAAAUCAUCAGAAUUAAGCACAAUUUUCUGUCUGUCUUAAGUAAACACUUACACACACACACACCUCACUUUAUCUCUCACAACCUGAGAGACAGACUGAAUCCUCCUUGGUUAUGCGUGUCUGAAUUAACAUGAAUAUAGCUAUCCGUCAGUAAUACAGUUACUUUAACACAUACUUUGCUAAUGUGUUUAUGAAAUUUGGUCCAACUCACGUAUCUGUGUAAUGCAAAAAGCCACGGUAAGAAAUAUAAAAAUGAAUGCACUGUUUAUCAUGUGACCACACUGCCACCCAGUGACCUACAUAUAUCUCUGUAGCUCCUCUGGAAUGGUCAAUUAAUAUUUGGUCUCUGUAAUUUUGGUGAUUUGGAAGGCAUAUUUAUUAGACUGGACUGUAGAACUCGACUUUAUGAUUACUUUAUUACUUUUAUGACUACUUUAUUAUUGUUCAUCAAAUUAGUGUUGUUUAACUCCUGUUUAUCUAUGAACAGUACUGAACCUCGACAGUUAACUAGCCCUGUACCAUUCUGGCUUGAUGUGCUGUACUGUGUUUGCUAUUCAAAUCACAGGCUUUCUCUUAAUUUUGUUAAUCUUAAUUCUAUGCAGCACGCUGUUACAUACAAUUUAUGUUUUAAAUCACUGUUGACUAUAGCGAUAAGAUAAAGUGUGUGAUCUCUGUGCCAAAAACUUCAGAUCAAUUAAUCCCCCAGAUUAAUCUCCAAAUCAAAUCCAUUCCCUGAAACAAAGGAGUGGAUAAUCAAUGGCUACACUAAGGAAUGAAAGGCAGCUACUCCAUCCACAAUAUAUGUCUUUCAUAAAAGAGCUGAUGCUCAUUGUUCUAUAUUUCUCUUCCUUUUUUUGCUGUUCUGCUUUCUUUUUACUUCACUUUUGGCUCUUCUUCAAUUUUGUUUUUUGCUUUUUGUCCUUGUACCUGCUCACCAAGCCUCUUCUCCAUCAUCUUAUUUUACCUGAAAACUGAUAUUCCUGCAACAUUUUUCCUCUUUGUUAAGAUGUGCAAAUUUUGCUCUUUAGCUGAAACAAGCCUUAGUUUGUAACUCAAAGCCAAACUGAAUGAGACCAAGCUUUUAUAUUGUUGUACUUCCGUAGGUUUCUCCCUGGUUGUAUUUUAAAAAAACUGUAUUUCUGUUGAGAAAAGCUGAUAUUGGAAACAGAUUGUCCUGUAACGUUCUGCCAGUCUCUGGUCAUUCUAAAUGACAUUCUUCAUUCAUGAUUGCCAAACUAUGUGACCAGUUUAAUAUGGCAUUCAAAUAUCAACUUAAUUCAUCUGUUUGAUUCCGACCUCUUUGUCAUUUGUUCAUUAUUAAUGCUUCAUUUAUUCAGUUGCUUAUUUAACUAUAAAUAAAUCCUCAU